UCCUGCAGCGGCCGGAAGCUGUGUGAGCAGACAGGAACAACAAAGAGGAGAAAGUGCCCGGGUUUUAAACACACCAGAACACCAAACCAAGAAAUAAAAGCCGUUAUUCACAGACAAAAGAAUUUGGUGUGCAUGUGAGGACAAGUGUCUGCGGAGCCAACCAUGGCGAACAAUGCGGAGGAUAUUGAAAACAGCAUGGAGACCAAUGUGUCCCCUGAACCCACCCAGCAGCCACAGGAGCCUGGGGGAGUCAGGGCGCGGUCCAGAGGAGGUGAUGGAGGAGGAGGGGGAGGGGGAAGUAAUGGAAGUGGACCGGAGCAGAACGGACAGCCCCCUGCCGCUGCUCGGCCCCCUCGUGUGGUAGAGGCCGAGGAGGACGAAGACGAAGAGCUGACUCUUAAAUACGGGGCCAAGCACGUCAUCAUGCUGUUUGUUCCUGUGACCCUCUGCAUGGUGGUUGUCGUGGCAACCAUUAAAUCGGUCAGCUUCUACACUCAGAACGACGGGCAAAGAUUGAUCUACACGCCGUUCCCUGAGGACACGGACACAGUAGGACAGAGAGCCGUCAACUCCAUCCUGAAUGCCACCAUCAUGAUCACUGUGAUCAUCGUCAUGACCUUGGUGCUGGUGCUGUUGUACAAGUACCGCUGCUACAAGGUGAUCCAAGGCUGGCUCUUCCUCUCCUCCCUCCUGCUGCUCUUCUUCUUCUCCUACAUCUACCUCAAGGAGGUUUUCAAGACCUACAAUGUGGCCAUGGACUACUUCACCCUGGCGGUAAUCAUCUGGAACUUCGGAGUGGUGGGCAUGAUGUGUAUUCACUGGAAAGGACCUCUGCGGCUCCAGCAGGCCUACCUCAUCAUGAUCAGCGCACUCAUGGCUCUGGUUUUCAUCAAGUACCUGCCAGAGUGGACCGCCUGGCUCAUUUUAGCCGUCAUCUCUGUCUACGAUCUGUUAGCCGUGCUCUGUCCCAAAGGGCCGCUGAGGAUCCUGGUGGAGACGGCUCAGGAGAGGAAUGAACCCAUCUUUCCAGCGCUCAUCUACUCCUCUACGAUGGUGUGGCUCGUCAACAUGGCCGACACGGAGUGGCCCAAGAGGAACUCGACAGAAGCAGCAACAGCUCAGCAAGAGGCCCCCGAAGGCGUCACGUCCCCGGCUCCCUCCGUUCUGUCGCAGGACGACGGAGGCUUCAACCCCUCCUGGGUCAACCAGCAGCAGCACCAACUGGGGCCGAUCCAGUCCACCGAGGACACCAGGCGGGAGAUCCAGCAGAUGCCGUCAGCUCGUCCUCCUGUUGAUGACGACGACGAGGAGAGGGGCGUGAAGCUGGGACUCGGAGACUAUUUCUACAGCAUGCUGGUGGGGAAGGCCUCGGCCAGCGGCGACUGGAACACCACGCUCGCCUGCUUCGUUGCCAUCCUCAUUGGCCUGUGUCUGACCCUGCUCCUCCUCGCCAUCUUCAAGAAAGCGCUCCCCGCUCUGCCCAUCUCCAUCUUCUUCGGCCUCGUCUUCUACUUCGCCACGGACAACUUGGUGCAGCCCUUCAUGGACAGGCUGGCGCUCCACCAGUUCUACAUUUAGCAGGACGCUGCCCUGGUAACUCUCACCCACAUAGCCCUCCGGCCAACAACACGACCACGGCGGUCCCUUCACAGCCAGGGAACAAAAGGGGCGAUGCAGGGGCCUCUCCCGCCCCCACAUCCCCUUCCUAAAGAACUCAUGAUGACGGGACACAAGUUGUUUUUGUUCAGCCUUUUCUUUCCCCCGGCGCCAAGGGAGGGUUUCCCCUUACGACAGCAGCUGUUCUUAUAUAUUUUAUUUGCGUUUUAAACCAAGAAGUUACAUUUUCCCCGCUCGACUCGGGGGGGGGGGGCUCAUCUUCAAAUUGCCGAUCAGCGGCCGGUCUCAGGCUCAAUCCAAACGACGAGAAGCCAGCGGGAAUCUUUUUAUUUCAACAGGGAAGCUCGUCUGCUUCUUGUUUUUCUCUGCAGCGCCCUGCUUCACAUUCAUACCGGGGAAGCUUCCCGCAGUCUUCUCCAGCUCAGGCUGUACAGCCGGUGCCUUGCUCAGGGACACCUCGGCGGAAGCUGUUGAGCAACGGGAGAUGAUUUCUUUCAAAUCUCCCACUCCGAAGACUUUAAAUCUUAAUUUUUACAACCACUGCACCCCCCCCAAACUAAAAACCGAGAGUUGAAAGCCUUCACCGCUCUAAAGGACACUGUAAGAUGAUUCUGAUAAUAGAUGUGUAGUUUGAUUGUGUUUGACCUGUC